AUGGGUAUGUCAUCAAUCAAAAACCCAAUAAUGGGUAAUGCCAGUGGUAGAAAAGAUGGAGAAGGCCCUUCUGAAGUUGACAACUUUCAAGGGGAUGAUGGAUAUGUAGAACCCAUGGCUCACUCUCCUCCCCAUAGCCCCAGAGCUUUCCACCCAUCUCUCUUCUUCACUUCACAAAAUCCUGGGGACCCCUUACCAAGACCUGCUCAGGCAUUAUCACAACAUUCAGUUUAUAAUGAAUAUGUACACAACGAGAAAUUGAUACGGGCGAAGAUAUCAUGGAACCAUGGUGGUAGGCAAGUUGCUAUCACAGGAUCAUGGGACAAUUGGGAGACCAGUGAACUCAUGCAGAGUAUUGGCACAGAUUUCGUCAUCUUAAAGUUGCUUCCAUCAGGUCUCUACCAGUACCGCUUCAUUGUUGACGGGAGUUUGAGAUGUUCUGCAGACUUGCCAUGGGUCUAUGAUAAUUCAGGGAGUGCCUAUAAUGUUUUGGACUUGCAGGAAUGUGUUUCAGAUUUGCGUGAGCGUCUCGCAAAGUUCGAAUCUCCUCCAUCCCCACCUUCAAGCUAUGAUAACAGGCGCUUAAGUGAAGAUGAUUUCAGUAAACCUCCGCCAGAAGUACCCCCACAGCUACAAGAAGCAUUUUUAAACAAGCCAUCCUCCUCAAAUGGUGGUGACCAGCCAUUGCCAAUGCCUCAUCAUUCACAAUUGAACCAUUUGCACAUCCAGAACCAUGUUGGUGGCAAGUUUUUUGCACUCAGCUCUACACAUAGGUUUCGUCAAAAACUUGUUACAGCAGUAUUAUACAAGCCAUUGAGAAGAGCAAAUCAUUAG